UUCAGGAAUUCAAGAAAACAAACAAGCAAACACCAUCUAGAAAGUUGAUAUAUUUAACGCGUCAUUUCCUUCUGUUUUCUAUUCCUUUUCUUGUAAUCAGGAAAAUGGAGAAUGGGAAAAUAACUGAUGAGGGCAGUGUCUGCAAUGCUGAUGAAGACGAUGAACAGGAAGACCAGAAGGUGGAGGAGUUUUUUGCCUUAAUUCGGAGGAUCCGGGAAGCUCGAAACAGAAGAAAGGAUGAAGUGCAAGAAGAGGAGAAGAGGAAAAACAAGAUUAGAAGGUUAAAUGAAGAACAUCCCAGUUGGGUUCCCUCUUUUGAAUGGGAAGAUUUCACUGAGGAAAUUCAGUUCAGAUCAAGGCCUCCUGUGAUCUUCCCUCGUCCCUGUAACCAGAAACAAGAAAAGAAACAACCAGAGAAAGACGGUGGUUUAGAUCUUAAACUCACCCUGUAAUAUAUAAAUCUGUUCUUGUUCCUUAAUUUAGUUAAGAGCAGUAAUGGGUUGAUGAUAACAUUCCUCUAAAAUAUAGUUUAAUCUAUUUUAUUUUAUGAA